AUGUUUAGAAUAAUGGAGAGUCAAGUUUCAUUAAUGAGUUAUUUUGAGUUAACUCUAAAUAUGUAUUUAACAAUAUUUCUUUCAUUAUUAUGGACAUUAGUUGCUCAUGGAAUAAAGUUAUCGGUCGAGCUGUUAUUCGGAAUUUGGAUUUUACGUAGGAUAUUCCCAUUUUCAAAAAUUCUGUUUCAAAGAUUAUACAGAAUAUUGGGUUUGGAAUCGGUUGUCUUGGAUAAAAAGGAUUUAACAGGAAAUAUAUGUAUAGUUACAGGCGGAGCGAGUGGUAUUGGGAAAAAAGUCUCAGAGUACUUAGUUCAGUGUGGAGCAACAGUAAUUAUUGCAGAUAUACAAGAAAAUAGAGGCAGAGUUGCUGCCUAUAAGAUUAAUACAAACUCGUCUUCUUCAGGAUUUGCAAGGUAUAUGUAUAUUGAUUUGUCAGAUGAAGAUUCAAUUAGAAACUUUGUUAACAGGUUUACAUAUGAUUACGAUAGGUUGCAUAUUCUGGUUAACAAUGCAGGAAUUGGUUCAGGAGGAAAAAGGGAGGAACCAAAAGAUUGUGAAAGGCAUAUAAAUAAAAUAUUUAAGGUGAACUAUAUAGGAACUUUUAUUUUGACAGAACUUUUAUUGCCAGUACUAAAAAACACUAAGGAUUCAAGAAUUGUGAAUACAUGCUCACCAAUACAUAGAUUCUUUGGUUCAAAUUUAAGGAAGAUACUUGAAUAUUCACAGAUUUCUGAGUGUAAUUAUGCAUAUGGAGCAUCUAAAGCAGCAAUACUCCUUUAUACUUUGAAACUAAGAAGGGAUGCAAUGGGUCUGACAUUCUCUCAGACUUUUCAAACAGAUACUGUUGAUGGUGAAGGCUAUGAUAAUUUUCCCUGGUCAACUUGUGUGAACCCUGGAUCUGUUAAUACGAGAAUAUUUCCCAAUACAUUUCCAUAUAAUAUUAUAUACUACCUUAAAUGGUUCUUGCUAGAUACCAAAAUGGGAUCACAAACUACCAUUUUUGCCUCAGUAUGCCCUAAAGAACAGGCUACUCUAUAUAUGAGUCCUUAUUGGUUACCAGGAAACGGGUCUUGGUUUAUUGACAGAUUUGCUGAUUUUCUAAGUAUUUAUGUUGGACCUCACUUCACCAUUCCAAAUCUAAAUGAUGAUGCAGCUCUCUCAGCAGAGUACCUCUAUGAAUGGACAUAUAACUAUUGGAGGGCAAGUAAAACAAAAGAAGUUCACAAACAGACACUUAAAGAUCACCAUAAGUGA